GUCGUCUUCCUCCUCCUCGUGCACGCACCGCUGGCCACGAUGCGCGCCCCCGCUGCGUAGCAACAAGAUGGCGGUGGCCGCCGGAUCAGGCGUCAAAGUUCCCCGCAAUUUCCGGCUCCUGGAGGAGCUGGAAGAAGGUCAGAAGGGUGUGGGAGACGGCACCGUGAGCUGGGGUCUGGAGGAUGACGAGGACAUGACCUUAACACGGUGGAGAGGAGUGAUCCUCGGCCCUCCCAGGACGAGCUAUGAAAACAGGAUGUACAACCUGAAGGUAGAAUGUGGGCCAGGAUACCCAGACUCACCGCCGUUUGUCAGAUUUGUGACGAAGAUAAACUUGAAUGGCGUGCAUACAUCCAGCGGUGUGGUUGACAUGCACGCAGUGACUGCACUGGCCAAGUGGCAGAACUCCUACAGUAUUCGGAUGGUGCUGCUGGAGCUGCGACGGCUCAUGGCGUGCAAGGAAAACAUGAAGCUUCCUCAGCCACCCGAGGGCCAGAUCUACACCAUCUGAGCUUCUGCUGCUUGCUUCUACCUGCAUUUCUCUCUUUUCUUUCACCUUCCUUCUCUGUUUAGUUUUGAUAAUCUCCAUCCUUGGCGUGCAACAUUCCACCUCCUAAUAAAACACACACACAUUCGCACACUUUAACAGGUACACUUAGACCCACAUCUGCAUUAAAAACAAUAAAAACCUCAUUCCUGAACAUCAUUUCAGACCUCAGACCUCUCACUUCAUCACUGGAGCUCUGGGUGCUCGUAUCAGUUUACCCCACAUGUAGUCAUUUCAGUACCUUCCAUCUUGGCAGACUUUUAAAGUUAUUUCUCAAAAAUGCUGAUUGUACAAUAACAAACGUAAUGUGCGUUUCUUUGUGUUGCCUUUUUGUAUGAUAGAAACCAGUCAGUUAACAUCAUUUUGCAUAUAUCUCACCAAACAGUCAAGUUAAUCUAAGAUAUGAAGCCCAUUUUUAAACACAUUUCAUGCAGCAUUAAGUAGAUUUUUCUUUUGGUGUUUCCGGACAAAAAGAUAAUCUGGCUCUGCUGAUGUGCUCGCAAGAUUUGUUUUUCCCCCCUCUUUCUGUUCUUCAAAGCUUGUCAGAUGCAUAAAUGUGUAGGAUCUGUGAACAUUGUGCACCUAUACAACUGAAUCAUGUUGAGAUGUAAUGUAUGCAAACAUACUGUAGGUCUGCGUUUGUACCACGCUUGAACUGAGACGUGAAAUCAGCUACCUCUUAGGUCCGGUUUUACCUCAGAGCAGAUCCCUGACUUGUGAAACUGUCUUUGCAGCUUCAUGUGAUGUAAUCACAAGAUGUUUUACUUCCUCCAUGUUUUUCAUAAAUUUAUAUUCAUGCAUUUACGUUGCAGAUGAAUGUGUUUUCUGCUCACAGGUCAAAGGUCAGGACGGUUCAAAGGAGCAAUAUGAAAUGUUUGGUGUUCAUAUAAAUAACAUCUCCUUCUCACUUA